AUGGCGCUACAAGCAAUGAAUCUUCGAGUCAAUCUUCUGUCCGAACCUCUUGGUAUCGACUCUCCUGAACCCGAAUUCUCAUGGCAACUUCUCUCCGAUCGAAACUCAGUUUUGCAGUCUGCAUAUGAGAUUCAGGUUUCUUCCGAGCAAUUUACCGCCACGACUAAACUGAUAUGGAACAGUGGAGUCAUAAUCUCUGCUUCCCUUGGUCUACUCAAUAUACUGGAUCUCCAUUGGCCUCGUGCUCACGUUAUUUCUGGAGACUGGUUCGAGACUGCAUUUUUGAUCGGAUCAUCUGAGCUAAGCGCCCACUGGGUCACGCGUAAACCGAUUCCGAAACAAAGCGAAGACCGAGACGUCCUUUACUUCCGACAUAAGGUGGAUGUACCGGAUAAAAUACUUCGAGCGAGGCUAUAUGCGACAAGCUUGGGCUGGUACAAGUUUUUCAUUAAUGGGGUGAAUAUUGUUGGCCGACAACAAGUCCCUAGGUGGACACCAUUCCAUCACAGCAUUGAAUAUCAAGUAUACGAUGUCACUGUUUCCAUGCGUGAAGGCCACAAUAUACUGGGCGCCAUUGUCGCUGAUGGCCAUUUCCGUGGAGAGAACGGCGGACUUGGCCAUCGAAACUGUUACGGGAACCAAUUAGCAUUCUUUUGUUUACUGGUGAUCGAACUACAAACAGGCGAGCAUAUUUCGUGUUCAACAGACGAAAGCUGGACCGUGAGUACGGGUCAUAUAGUUCGUUCCGAUCCUAAGGCAGGAGAGGUUGCGGAUUUUACGAUUUCAAGCGACUGGGAGCAUGUUGGGGAUAAUGCUUCAAAGAAAAGGUCCUGGGAGGCUAUUGAAGUGUUGCAACAACCGACUAUGAAUCUCAUAGCAGAGGAGACAGGGAGAGUAGAUGAAAUUCGUCGCUUGCCGGCGAAAAAGUCCUGGUGGUCUUCAAGUGGCAAGAAUUUAAUCGACUUUGGUCAAAACUUCUCAGGAUACGUCAGGAUCAAGCUUCAUGGAAAACGAGGCAAUAAGGCUAUUCUUACCUAUAGCGAAGUCUUGACACCAGAUGGCGAGCUUGAUAUCGACUAUAUCGAGCCUGUCGGCAAAGGCCAGCCUCAACGUGACGAGGUAAUUUUGUCAGGGUCCGAUUGUGAUUUUUUUGAACCAAUGUUUAGUACUCAUGGAUUCCGAUACCUGGAGAUCAUUGGAAUCGAGGAACUCGUUCCGCUGUCGGACGUGGAAGGAGUGGUUGUCUCGUCGCAGUUAGGCUCAAUUACUGAGUUCAAGUGCUCAGAUUCUCGAUUAGAGAGGCUCUACAAGAACACGGUUUGGAGCUUUUUAUCGAACUUUACAGACACUCCUACUGAUUGCCCGACCCGUGAGAGAUCCGGUUGGACAGGAGAUCUGCAAAUAUUUUCGGCAACCGCUGUACUAAUGGCGAGUGACGUACAGAGCUUCCUUCGUCGGUACUUGCGAAAUUUAUCGACGGAACAGUGGGCAGACGGUCGCAUUCCUCCAUUUAUCCCAUCUGGCGACUCGGAAUUUUCAGGUGUCACAUUUCUCUCCAAACUCACGGCAAGCUCUGUUGGCUGGGGCGAUGUGUCUGUACUUCUUCCCUGGCUUAUGUACGAGCAUUUUGGGGAUACUGCGAUUUUAGAACGACAAUAUACCAGCAUGAAACUUUGGGUGAGAUUUCUCGAAGAUACAGCGAAGAAAAAUCGCAGCUGGACUCGGUGGCUAUGGGGUUGCUCAAAAGACAUAGAACAAUACAUCGUUGACACAAGGUUCCAUUGGGGUGAAUGGCUACGGCCUGGCGAGACUGGCCUCUUACCGAUGCUAGGGAACCUCUUCUUGUGGCCGAAUGCUGCUGUUCCAACUGCCUAUUUUGCAGAGUCCAGUCGAAUAUUAUCCAAAGCUGCGGAGUUGUUGGGGUAUAUAGAAGACGCUCGAUACUUCAAAGAUCUGGCUUUGAGUGCUAGGGCUGCCUGGGGCACAGCAUUCGUACGUGAAGGAGGGUCACGGAUCGGCUAUGAUAAACAAGAUGACUACGUGAGAGCGAUUAAAUUUGGUAUGCUGUCCGAAAGAGAGAAACAAGCAGCCGUAGAUCGUUUGGUCGAGCUUGUUGAAAAAGCCAAUCAUCAUCUGGGAACAGGAUUCUUAAGCACGGGUGAUCUUGUUCCUAUCCUCUGUGAAGCUGGACGUGUGGACACGGCAUUUAGUUUGCUCCUUCAAAAUAGCUCACCGUCCUGGUUGCACGCAGUCGACCGUGGAGCAACCACGAUAUGGGAAUCAUGGGAAGGAUACACCCCGGAUGGAAAGGCCUCGCUCUCACAUAAUCAUUACGCACUUGGAGCCAUUUCUGGUUGGUUUAUCAGUGGCUUGGUUGGCCUUCGAGCGGAAACACCUGGCUGGCGACAUAUUCUUAUCGCACCUCAAACUGGAGGGAGUAUCGUUCAUGCGCAGGGAGCUAUUGAAAUACCCUUUGGCAAGUUAGCCUGCUCUUGGAGACACGAAACGGGUGGAAGCACGGUGAAAAUUGACCUACAAAUUCCGCCGGGGACUUCGGCAACAUUAAGAAUGGGGCCUUGCAGUAUACCGGACAUUGGGUCCGGACAUCACAGAUUUUUAUACUGUGACCAAGAAAAUAAACUAGAAAGGACCUAA